AUGGCAGCCCAGGCGAGCAGUGCUGACAAAUACAAAGUGCCAGCUGGCUUGAGACCACUUUUAGAAGCACUGGCCCGUGAGACGUUAAGGGCGCAACCCACUGACUUAAUCUCAUUCUCGCAGCUAUUCUUCCAGGAAUUACAACGUCAUCGUGAUGAAUGUGGUAAGGAGGUAGACAUUCUCAAAGAGCCGGCACUCUAUGAAAAAUUCAAAAACGAUUUACAAAUGAAGUAUCAACAGCAACAACAAACAACUGGGACAGAUAAUAGUCCCCAAGAGCAGCCACCACGUUCACAAAGCCCAAUGGAUUUGGCAGCUACGAAAAUCCAAGCCGCAUUUCGAGGACAUAUUGUUCGUGCAAAUCCUGAAAAGUUUGGAUUGGAUAAGCCAGAAGUGGUCAUGCAACGAAGACGUUCACAUGAGCACAUUCAAGUGGCUGAUACACGGAAGGAUUUGAAUGAAGGAGCAGAAACUGAGAGAAGUGAGCUAGCGAAAAGCAGUGAUGAUUCAGACGUACCAAAAACGUUGGAUUGUUCAUCGAAAAAGGAGAUUGAAGAUUUGAAAAGAGAUGAUGAUGCCGCAGAAACAGCCAAUUUGAAUAAUCCAUCAACUACUGAUGCUGCUGAUAAGAUGACGACGAUCCAGAACAGAGAUAAUGAAACGGAUAAUAGUCAGCAUGCUGAUGUCCUCGGACGCCACUCAGUGGGCGGUUAUACGCUUGAGCGUGACACGCCAGAAGAUCGUGCAGCGACUAAGAUCCAAGCAGAAAUUCGUGGAUUCUUGGCCAGAAAACACGUGCAAAGCAUGCGGAAGGAAGGUGAUGAGGCAGCCACAAAAAUACAGGCACAUAUAAGAGGAUUCUUGACAAGGAAGCAUUUGGAAGAGACCGGGGUGAUGAGCCCGUCGCACUCGCAUUCAAGUAUAAAAUCGUCACGAUCAGAUGAUAUUGAUAAGGAUGCAUGA